AUUCUUCGGGAAGUCAUAUUGACUGUGUUGAUGUACCAGACUCAGUAGCUAAUCAGAAACGUCUCAUUCGUGUAGUAAAGACAGAUAGCAAUKGCUUGGGAAUUUCAAUUAAAGGUGGGCGUGAAAAUAAAAUGCCCAUCCUUAUAUCUAAAAUAUUCAAAGGAAUGGCUGCUGAUCAAACUGAGCAGCUUUAUGUAGGUGAUGCUAUAUUAUCCGUUAAUAAACAAGAUUUAAGAGAGGCAACUCACGAUGAAGCAGUUAAAGCACUUAAACAAGCUGGAAAAAUUGUUGAAUUAGAAGUAAAAUAUUUGCGAGAAGUAACUCCAUAUUUUAGAAAAGCCACUAUCAUAUCAGAAGUUGGAUGGGAAUUACAGCGAGGAUUUUUAUCUACAAAUUCACCAAUUUAUCGCUCUCCUCAAAAGCCUGAUGCUCGUUAUUUACCAUUGCAACUUUGUUGUUUAACAAGAAACUAUAAGCAUCCUGAUCCUGAUAAUAAAACUAUUGAACUACAUUCACCAGAUGGUGUACAUUCCUGUAUAUUAAGAACUCAAGAAGCAAGUGAAGCUACUUGUUGGUUUAAUACUCUUCAUGGUGCUUUAAGUGUUUUAUCUUUAAAAGCACUGCAUGAUGCGAACAAAAUAUUAGCAAACAUAAUACCUGUGCUUGGUCAACUUCAUCACAUUGGAUGGUUAUUUAGGGUAAAUAAAAAUGAGAAUAGUAUGCGUAGCAUAAGUUCAGAAGAGGAAUUUGCAGUGAAUGACAAAUGGCAAUCAGUAUUUGGUGUGGUCACUAGUAAAGAAUUACGAUUGUAUGAAGUUGCUCCAUGGAGUCCAGAUGCUUGGUCUGCUCCACUCUUUGUUUGUUCACUUUUAUCUACAAGGCUGAUGAACUCAUCUCGUAAUUCAGAUUUAAUCACAUUUAGCUUAAGAUGUGGAACAGAAGAAGGUAUCAUUACUCACCGGUUUAAAGUUGAUACUCAAAGAGAUCUUGCCUGUUGGGCAAGAGCUAUAAUUCAAGGUUGCCAUAAUUCUGUGGCUAUCAGAAGAGAAGUAAAUUGUCGUUGUUUAUGGCAUGGAAAGCCAGCACAAUUAUCAAUUCACUAUGAGAAUGGAUUUACGCUUAUUGAAUCAAAAACUGGAUCUGUAGGCCGUGAACCAAAGAAGUUAUGGAGUUAUCCUUUUGAUAAAUUAAAAAUGUCUUCUGAUGAUAAUAACAGAUUACUUUGGCUGGACUUUGGUGAUAGCGUAGAUAUAGAAAUAGACUUGGAGUGUAGUCCAAAACCAUUAGUGUUCAUACUACAUAACUUCCUAUCAGCUAAAAUUCAUCGGCUUGGUUUGUAUGCAUAAUUGAAAAUAUGCUUU